UCAUCAUGCAGGAAACCUGCAAGGUUGCUUUAUUUACAUGCCGUUGAUGUUUACAUUCGUUUCACUUUUCGCAAACAUGCCCGUUGUCUUUCCUCCACAACUGUCAGUCGACUGCGUUGUGGCAUUUGCAGCUGGAUCGUACGAUUUCCAGCAUUCGACCGCGUUGGACCAUCCCGUCAUUAUGUGCUCGAUGCCCUCGACCGGGUAAGACGUGAAUACCCUGUUUCCAAGUGGUUUCGUGGUAAAACAGGCGGUCAAACAUAUUUCCUCGCGCACCAACGGGCAAUAGAAUGACGUCCACGAAUUCGCUGGAACCAGCAUAUCCCUGUGGAGGCUCGGUUGAGUCAUCACAAAAGAAACAUCUUCGCACCGGACUGGAGCUUAAUCUACCCCUGGAGACAACCGUGAGGAUUAUACUGACCUGUAUAUACAUAGCGCUCGAGUUCAAAGCACCGUUUGUGCGUAAAAUUCAACCGGAAGAAUUAUGGCUGUACCGGAACCCAAGGUCCGAUAGCUACGUCCCCCUCACCAUGCUCUGGCCAGUGGUGCUCGGUGUGCCGGGGCUGUUUUUCACACUGCACUAUCUGCGAACGCAAGACCGCCACGACCUACGUUCCGCCGUGCUGGCGUUCACCCUUGGCCUCGGUCUGAACGGGGUCAUUACGAACACGAUAAAAAUUGCCGUCGGUCGCCCACGGCCCGACUUUUUCUGGCGCUGCUUCCCCGAUGGGGUGAUGAACGAAGAUCUGCGUUGCACCGGAACAGACAUGCGGGCUCUCAUGGAUGGGCGGAAAAGUUUCCCAUCCGGACACUCCUCCUUUGCGUUUGUUGGUCUCGGAUUUCUUACCUGGUACUUGAUCGGAAAGCUGCACCUGAUGAACGAACGUGGUCGAGGUCGCUCGGUGCGAGUAAUAUUGGCAGGACUGCCUCUGUUCGCAGCAACAAUGAUUGCGAUCAGUCGAACCUGUGACUACCAUCAUCACUGGCAGGACGUGACUAUUGGGUCGUUGAUUGGACUAGUCCUUUCCUACAUAUGCUACCGUCAGUAUUAUCCGGCGUUUGCUGAACGCAACUGCCAUCUGCCGUACUUGCCCCUGCAGUAUCAGGAGUCGUGCUUGGGCUCGUCACCAUCAGCCAUAAAGAACCAGCACAGUCCAAACCGUGGCAAAAGGCUCCAAGCUGGGGCGCCGCCUCCCCCGUCCGGAUCGCCACUGGUCACAAAAUCAAACUACGACGGUCGAACGAUCGAAGGCAAUGGGGCCGACGACUCGGAGGGGGAAACGAGAAGCCUUCUUUCUUCCGCCAUCGAGCAAAAGGAAGCUAAGUGGAUAUAAUCCAUCACAGUUGGCUGACAGGUGUCCGUUACCCAAAGGAUAUGAUCCGCCUGCUACGAACGAA